CCGCAGUUUCCUGCACCUCUAUGUUUAUCUGCUCUCUCUCAACUAUUAGGAACGGAGGAGCAUGUCGGUUCCGCUCAUCAAAAUGUCUCUCCACACGUAACCACCGCAAGCUAAUGUCGUCUUCUAUGUGGUCACUUGGGGAUUAGGACCAAACCAUUGCACUGACCCUGCCAAAAGAGCGAUCAUAAUGUGCGCGUGUCCGGAGCCGCUGUCUGCGGUCCAGCUCAAGCGCCUGGAGGAACACAAGUACAGCGCGGCCGGUCGCUCUCUCUUCGAGCCGCCCUGCCAGAUAUACUGGAACUGGCUGGUCCAGCAGAUCCCGACAUGGGUCGCGCCGAACACGCUGACCAUCACUGGACUCAUCAUUAACAUCGUAACGACGGUCAUUCUCGUGUAUUACAGCCCCACGGCCACGGAGGAGGCUCCAGGUUGGGCCUUUAUUCUCAGCGCCUUAGGUCUCUUCAUCUACCAAUCGCUGGACGCCAUUGAUGGAAAGCAGGCCAGGCGGACCAAUAGCAGCUCAGCUCUUGGGGAGCUCUUUGACCAUGGCUGUGACGCCGUUUCAACAGUGUUUGUUGCCGUGGGAACGUGUAUAUCCUGUGGGAUCGGCGCUCACCCUAACUGGAUGUUUUUUUGUGGCUUUGUGGGCAUGUUCAUGUUUUUCUGCGCGCACUGGCAGACGUACGUGUCUGGAACACUCCGCUUCGGAUUAGUUGACGUGACAGAGGUCCAGAUUGCUAUUGUGAUCAUGUAUAUCAUGACAGCAUUCGGAGGAGUGAGUCUUUGGGAGACUAGGUUGCCUGUUCUUGGUGUGAAUUUGCAAACCUUUCCAAUUCUCGGCAUCAUCGGCGGGUUCCUGUAUUCAACCUAUAACUACUUCUACAUCAUCCUGAAUGGUGGCGUGGGCAAGAACGGCUCAACCGUUGCAGACACAAGUGUGUUGUCUCCUGGUCUACACAUCGGCCUCAUCCUCACUCUGGCCUUCAUCAUCUUUAAAAAGUCCUCCAGUCAGCUUUUCGAGCACCACCCUUGCCUUUAUGUUCUUACAUUUGGCAUGGUGAUCGCCAAGAUCUCAAAUAAGCUGGUGGUGGCCCACAUGACCAAGAGUGAGCUUCAUCUUCAGGACACAGCCUUCAUUGGUCCUGGACUCCUCUUCCUAAAUCAGUAUUUCAACAGCUUUAUUGAUGAACACAUUGUACUUUGGAUCGCCAUGGUGCUGUCCCUGGUGGAUCUGGUGCGUUACUGCAUGAGCAUAUGCCUGCAAAUCGCCUCCCACCUACGAAUCCGGGUUUUCAGCAUCACCCCACAGGGCCACACCCACAGAGACUGACAAUUUGCCCGGCGGGAGGAGAAAGCAGGAUGUAAGAAUGAAGACGUCGUCCCGCUUCUCAAGCUAGAGCAGGAGAACCCCACAAACCAAAACCACAACGGCCUUGACAAUGUGACCACCACAAACUAACAGAACUGAACGUUUUGCCAGGUUUGACCUGACCAUCUUGAGUAAGAACAGCUCGUAUUGUUUUUCCACACUAAAUGUACACUAGAAUCACUCACUGGAUCAAAAGAAAAAGUUUAGACACAACAAAAUGUACAAAACAUGGCCUCAGGGCCAGAGCUUCACUUAGCCAACUUCAAGUUUUCUGUUGCCUUGAAAUGGUUCAUUCUGUGCUGGAACGAACUAUAGAUUGUUAUUAUUUCAAAGAAUACAUUGGAAAUUGUUGGGAAAUCAAAUCAUUCACUAAAGAUGAAUUGGCCAAAAAGUUUACAUGGCCCAAAUAUUUCUAAUCCAAAGCAUUUGGUCAAAGAUUAAGAUUAUCAAUUAUCAAAAAUAGCCCAAAAAAAUAAUAAAUGGGGGAAUUUUUUCUUACUGUAGUAUUCAUCAAAAUAGAUUUGCUCUUUGCUUUUUGGGUUUGAUCAUGUUGUCAAUUUUUUUUUUUAAGAAAAAGGGAAGCUACAACUGCAGUUUGGGCGAUCAAUUAAUCUUCUGCUUUUUUAAAAUCGAAUAUAAACCUGUUUUUCUACAUAAUAUAAUAUCCAUAAUUUCAUUUAGACACAUUUUAUACCUCUGAUCUUGGUAAAGUACAAAAGAAAAAAGUAUUGCAAAUUUCGUUGUUGUAUUUAAGACCUCAUAUAGUCGACAAACUGCCAAUGGUUUACAUCACAGAACCUUUUUACCGUUUAGGAUUUUUACGGUCAUUAAAAAAAGCAGCUAUUUGUAGAUCUUGCGAGACUUUGCAUAAAAAAAAAAAAAUAAAUAAGAUCCAGAAAUCAACUUUGCCCAAACAGCCAUUGUAGCUUUUUGUGAUUGUCCAGUGAUUACAGUGUAUGUAUUUAUUUAAAUAAUCUGACUGAAUUUAGUGUGAAAUUAAGUCAAGCCUGUCGAACAGAACAAAAAUAAUAAUUGAAAGAACUUAAUUGUCAAGGAUUGUGGCUGUGUUAAAAACAGGGACAAGGAUUUUUUCGAGGGGGUUUAGAGGGAUUAUCCUUUGUGCCCGUUUUAUGAUGCACUAUCUCUGCCUGCUUAGAAUCAUCUCCUCCCAAAGGGCUAAUAAAAAAAUAAAUUUUGUGUGAUUUGAA